AUGUCGGGACUCUUUGGAGGCGCCGCGUCCGCAUCGGCGAGCAAUACCGUCGGCGAUCUCAAGUUGGACGUUGCCCUGUCCGACCCUCCCACUGAUGCCGUCUCCGACCUGGCCUUCUCCCCAGCGCCAAACGGCCCCGACUUCCUCGCCGUCUCUAGCUGGGAUAACAAGGUCCGCAUCUACGAGAUUGCCCAGAAUGGCCAGAGCCAAGGCCGCCACGCCUACGAACACAGCCAACCCGUCCUGAAUGUCGACUUUUCCAAGGAUGGAACGAAGAUCGCCUCCGCCGGCGCCGACAAGAACAUCAAGGUCUGCGAUCUCGCCUCGCAGCAGGAUAUCGUCAUCGGCACGCACGAUCAGCCUGUGCGAACCGCCCGCUUCUUCGACAGCGGCAGCGGACCCAUGGUCGUGUCUGGAUCCUGGGACAAGACGGUCAAGUACUGGGAUCUACGACAGCAGGGCCCCGCGGCGACUGUGACGUGCCAGGAGCGAGUCUACACAAUGGAUGUCCGGGACAACCUCUGCGUUGUCGGCACGGCCGACCGCUACAUCAACGUUAUCGACCUCAAGAACCCGACCAAGUUCUACAAGACCCUCCAAAGCCCCCUGAAGUGGCAGACGAGGGUGGUGAGCUGCUUCACCGACUCGGCCGGCUUCGCCAUCGGUAGUAUCGAGGGUCGAUGCGCGAUUCAGUACGUGGAGGAUAAGGAUUCAAACUCCAACUUCUCCUUCAAGUGUCACCGCGACCCUCCCGCCAACAGCGUCACCAACGUCUACGCCGUUAACGACAUCUCCUUCCACCCCGUCCACGGCACCUUCAGCACGGCCGGUUCCGACGGCACAUUCCACUUCUGGGACAAGGACGCUAAGCACCGUCUUAAAGGCUACCCUAACGUGGGUGGUAGCAUCACGUCCACGACCUUUAACAAGAACGGCAGCAUCUUCGCCUACGCCGUCAGCUAUGACUGGAGCAAGGGUUACCAGCACAACACACAGAACUAUCCGAUCAAGGUCAUGCUGCACCCGGUUCAAAACGACGAGUGCAAGCCCCGGCCGUCGAUGAAGAAGAGGUGA